UUUUCCUCUAACUAAAAGGCCCUAUUUAAAAGGCCCUAUUUUUAGGUUUACAUUCUCUCUCCUCUUCACGCUUGCGAGAGGAGAAAAACCAGCCUACCCGAAGCUCCCUCAUUCGACAAAACCCCUCUUCGGCCCUCGAUCUCGCUCUCUAGGGUUCUUCCUCUCGUCGCGAAACAAUAUGGCUGAUUCUCCUCGCAAAAGGUAUUCGCGGUCUCCUCCUCCCCGUGGCAUACAAUCUCGAUCUAGAUCCAGGUCAAGGUCUAGGUCCAGAUCUGGGUCCUGGUCAAGGCCAAGGGACAGGGACAGGGACAGGGACAGGGACAGGUCCAGGUCCAGAUCUAGAAGUCGUGGGAGGGCUGAUCCCGUGAAUCCUGGUAAUAUACUCUAUGUGACUGGGUUAUCUACAAGGGUCACAGAGAGAGACCUUGAAGAUCAUUUCUCCAAGGAGGGAAAGGUAAGUUCAUGUUUUCUGGUUGUGGAGCCCCGUACACGUGCCUCUCGUGGUUUUGCCUUUAUCACAAUGGAAACUCUUGAUGAUGCCAACCGCUGCGUUAAACAUCUCCAUCAGUCAGUUCUAGAUGGCCGAUGCAUUACCGUGGAGAGGUCUCGGAGGAAGCGGCCCAGAUCUCCCACACCUGGUCACUAUCUUGGGCUGAAAAACACUAGGGACAAUGGCUAUCGCGGUGACCAUGGUAGGUAUCGUGGAGGCCGUGAUGACUAUGGGUAUCGCAGGUCCCCAAGGCGCUCACCGUAUCGUGGUGGUCGUGAUUACUCUCCUCCUAGGCGCUCACCUUAUGGAGGAAGGUCAAGAAGGGAGCGGUCAAGGUCGCUUCCAUAUUCUCCUUAUGGUAGCCCAGAAAGGCACUAUGCUCGUCGUAAUAGGUAAUACUGAUUGUUAGGCCUUGGUAUCCUGGGUUUUAAGUGGAAAACAAACACUCUCUGAAGACUCAUUUUGUUAAUGUUGUGAUCUUUAGUUUGUACUCUUGACUGAGUGACAACUCCUUGCUUUCAUCUUCAAGGGCAUAUGUAAUGUCGCUACAUUGCUACCCACCUUGCUAUAUAUUAUGUGCUAGAUGUAUUUGGAAUAUAUAGUACUGGUCUUAGAGAAUUGUCUUCCUGUA